AUGCCAGAGCUAUGCGAUGAGCAUCUCGAUGAACUCCUGAAAGAAGCGGCAAGUCGCCUAGCGGCUAAGCAGUCAUCAAGGCCGAAGGAUUGCAGCUUGAUCGCCGUCGCGGCCGCACCUGUCGAUCCAUCUACGGAAUCAAAGGUUCAGCCCCAAGCACAAGACUCAAAAAGCAUUACGCUUCGCGAUCCUAGGCCAUCGGACGACAAGACACAAGACAAUGCUGGCCCAGGCUGGUUCGGCAUACCUAAGACGGAUCCUAAUGACCCCGAUCUAAAGCGAGAUCUGCAGAUUCUUCACAUGAGAGGAACUGCUAUUGACCCCAAGCGGCACUACAAGAAGGAAUCACUCAAGGCUAGAAUGCCACGUUAUGCUCAUGUUGGACGCAUCGUCGAGGGCCCAACCGAAUUCCACAGCGCCCGCUUGACGCGCAAGGAGAGGAAGCAGACGCUGGUAGAUGAGUUGCUGAGCGCCGAAAAGGCCUCAGGCAAGUUCAGAUCCAAGUAUGAGGACAUCCAGGUGAAAAAGGCGAGCGGCAGGAAGGCGCACUACAAGAAAUUGAUAGAGCGUCGCCGGCGCAACCGCCAUUAA